AAUGUGGGAUGCAAAACUAUCAACUUUAACCAUAGAGAAGAUGGAAAACCAAAGUGCUGGACGUUUGGUUCUGGUAAUAUUUCCACUCCAAGGCCAUACCACCCCAAUGCUUCAGCUUGGUAAUGUCCUGCACUCCAAGGGCUUUGCUAUUACUAUAGCACACACUCGAUUCAACCCUCCAAAUCCUUCUAACCAUCCUCAUUUCAGCUUCCUGCUCUUACCAGAUACCUUACCUUACUCUGAGACAUCAGCUACUCCUAGUAUUUACGAUGUAGGGAAUAUUAAUCGCGACUGCCAUGCACCACUGCAGGAGUUCCUGGAACUCCAGAAACAGACGGCGGAUAGUGAUCAGGUGGUUGGAAUAAUAUAUGAUGCUCUCAUGUACUUUGCAGCAACGGUUGCUGAUCAUAUCAAAAUUCCAAGACUCGUGCUCAUGACUAGCAGUGCCAGCUUUGAUCAAACUUUUGUCACAAUUCCUCGCCUCCUAGCUCAAGGUUCUUUUCCUUUUGAAGAUUCUAAGUUGCAUGAUCCAGUACCUCAGCUGAACCCCCUCAGGUUUAAGGAUUUACCAGUACCGAAAGAGAACAUGGUCGAGACACUGCAGUUCCUUGAUACUGCAAGCAAACUGAAAAGCUUUUCAGCCAUUAUCUUAAACACCAUAGAUUGCCUUGAAGAAUCAUCUUUGUUCCAACUCCAGGAGCAUUACAAAGUUCCUGUAUUCCGAAUAGGCCCUCUAUCCAAAUUGGCACCAGCCUUGUCCACUAGUUUCAUAAAAGAAGAAACCAGCUGCAUUGCGUGGCUGAAUGAUCAAGCAGCCAAAUCUGUUCUAUACGUAAGUAGAGGGAGCCUGGCGGUUAGUGAUGAAAAAGAGUUAGCAGAGACAUUUUGGGGACUGGCAAAUAGUGGCCAGCCAUUCUUAUGGGUGGUUCGACCUGGCUCAGUCAGUGGCUCAGAGUGGACUGAAGUACUGCCUAGAGAUUUCAAAGAAAUCAUUGGAGAAAGAGGCUUGAUAGUGAAGUGGGCUCCUCAGAAGGAGAUCUUAGCGCAUAGUGCAGUAGGAGGGUUUUGGAGCCAUUGCGGUUGGAAUUCAACCAUGGAGAGUCUUUCUGAAGGGGUCCCCAUGAUAUGCAGUCCGCAAUUUCUUGAUCAGAAGGUAACUGCAAGAUACCUUACGUACGUAUGGGAAGUUGGAUUGGAAUUGGAUGAUGUGUUAGAUAGACAAAAUAUAGAGAGGUCCAUAAGAAGAUUAAUGACAGGCAGAGAAGGGAAUGAAAUGAGGCAAAGAGCCAUCAAACUGAAGCAAAUGAUUAAUGUUUCCAUACUUAAGGGUGGUUCCUCCUUUAAUUCCCUCAAUGACUUGACAGAGUUCAUCUUGACCGAGAAUUUGCCACCAAACAAAAGUUCUUCAGAGUCAAAGCUAGGCGAUAAUUUCUAGCAUUGCAGUGUAUCUGACAUUCUACACCCCAUUUUCAAUCUUUGCAAUCUCCUUGUUUAAUCAAGGAAGCCUAUUCUCUUAGCUUAAAUGUAUGAAAAUAAACAUCAGUAUCAGGGCAUAGAUACUGCAUAUAUGUUUAGACAUUGUUGUUGCACUGGAAUCGAAUCAUGAAACCUGAAGUCUAUAUGUAUGGAAAUAGACAUUAUCUGUACUUGCAGCCAA